CGCCUCAGUAAGAGUGAAUUUUACUCCAACGCUUGCCAGUUUGUGGCAUUGGGGCGAUAUAUCCAGCUUUACCCGGUCCGGUCGGUUUUGUUCCUCGUCCCGUCUUUCUUGAGGUUUGCCGGUAUCCGCUUUUUUUUCUAACGUUGAAGGAGGAGGGCCAGGAGGAGAGGCAGGGCCAGUGGAGUGCUACGUGUCUUGAAAGUCCCUUUUAAACACCCCCCUCCGUUGCCUCUUUCGAUUACUAUAGCCCAAAGUUUCUUGCUUUAUAAGUCGAUCCAGCAUCCGACGAACAUCCAGGCCUGCGUGUGUGCAGCGGUCCGAGUCCGGCGUCCAGGAGUCCUUUGGCGGCAUAACACUAGAGCGAAAUGUCCGGAGUGAAGAGGCUUCGCACAAAUCUCAACAAGGCGACCAAUGUGGUGUACCAGGCCCACCACGUCAGCCGGAGCAAGAGAGGGCAGGUCGUGGGCACCAAGGGGGGCUUUAGGGGCUGUACCAUCUGGCUCACUGGUUUGUCUGGUGCUGGAAAGACUACCAUCAGUUUUGCCCUGGAGGAUUAUCUCGUCUCCCAUGGUAUCCCCUGCUACUCACUGGAUGGAGACAACAUUCGCCACGGCCUGAACAAGAAUCUGGGCUUUUCUGCCGAAGACCGCGAGGAGAACAUCCGGCGUGUUGCAGAGGUGGCCAAACUGUUUGCCGAUGCCGGCCUCGUUUGUGUCACCAGUUUCAUCUCUCCUUUCGCCAAGGAUCGCGAUGAGGCAAGGAGCGUCCACGCAAGUUCCGGGCUGCCAUUUUUUGAAGUGUUUGUCCACGCGCCUCUUGAAGUGUGUGAGAGCAGGGAUGUGAAAGGACUUUAUAAAAAGGCUCGUGCUGGAGAGAUCAAAGGUUUCACUGGGAUUGAUUCAGAGUACGAACGUCCAGAGCGUCCAGAGCUUGUUCUGAAAACCGGAGAACUCUCUGUAAAUGAAUGUCUCCAUCAAGUGUUGGACCUGCUCAAGGAACAGAAAAUUGUACCAAAUGAGAUCCUGGAGGAGGUGACUGAACUGUUUAUCCCAGGUGACAGGGUGAACCAUGUUCUGGCUGAAGCAAACACGCUGCCCACCAUCAGCAUUACAAAGCUGGAUCUGCAGUGGGUGCAGGUUUUGGCCGAGGGCUGGGCCAGUCCACUAAAGGGAUUCAUGAGAGAGAGAGAGUUCCUCCAGACUAUGCACUUUGGCAAUCUCCUAGAUGGUGGGGCCAUCAACAUGUCUAUUCCCAUCGUCCUGCCUGUUAGCUCUGAGACCAAGGAGAAGCUUGAGGGCUGUGCAGCGGUAGCUCUGGAGUACCAAGGUUCACGUGUGGCUGUUCUCAGGAACCCCGAGUUCUAUGCGCACCGCAAGGAGGAACGCUGUUCCCGCCAGUGGGGCACUACUUGUCCACAACACCCGUACAUUAAGAUGGUUAUGGAAGGAGGUGACUGGCUGGUAGGUGGUGAUCUGGAGGUGCUGGAGCGAAUCAGAUGGAACGAUGGACUUGACCAGUACCGCUUUACUCCAAUGGAGCUCAGGCAGAAGUUCAAAGAUAUGAAAGCAGAUGCGGUGUUUGCAUUCCAGCUGCGUAACCCGAUCCACAAUGGUCACGCCCUGCUCAUGCAGGACACCAAGCGGCGACUGCUGGAGCGAGGAUACAAAAAUCCAGUCCUCUUACUUCACCCGCUCGGUGGUUGGACCAAAGACGACGAUGUGCCUCUGCAGUGGAGGAUGAGGCAACAUGAUGCUGUCCUGGAGGAGGGCGUGUUGGACCCAGCCAGCACCAUUGUUGCCAUCUUCCCUUCUCCUAUGAUGUAUGCUGGACCUACAGAGGUUCAGUGGCACUGCAGAGCCAGAAUGAUCGCCGGAGCAAACUUUUACAUUGUCGGCCGGGAUCCUGCAGGUAUGCCUCACCCAGAGACUAAAAAGGACUUGUAUGAGCCCACCCACGGUGGAAAAGUGCUGUCCAUGGCCCCAGGUCUCACCUCUGUAGAGAUCAUUCCCUUCAGGGUAGCUGCCUACAACAAAACUAAGAAGGCUAUGGACUUCUAUGACAAAGACCGACACAACGAGUUUCAGUUCAUUUCUGGCACCAUGAUGAGGAGCUUGGCUCGGAGCGGGGAGAACCCUCCAGAUGGUUUUAUGGCCCCCAAAGCCUGGAGGGUGUUGGUUGAGUACUACACCUCUCUUCAGAAGAAAAACUAAUCAACAAGCUCAUGAGCAACUAUCCAUUUUAUUCUUUAGGAUUAUUUAAGGUGGGAUGGAUUUUUAUUGGUGCAAACUGCAGGGGUGGGAGUUUUAUCUUCACCAAAUCAAAAUAUGAAUCUCAUUCCUGUAAAACAAUGGGGAGAUUUUGUGAUUAUAUGCAUAUUACCUUAAGCUAUGUGUUUUAAUAAAUUAAAUCUAACUUGAAUUUUUUGUAUGACUGUACACAUAGGAGCACAUUCCAAGACAAGGAAAUCUUUAUAUAUAUAUGCAUACAUGAGACACUGAAGGGCGCACGACAAAAAACAUGCACAUUGAAGUUUUUAUUACCUUUUUAACAUAACAACUGUAUCACUGUAUUUGUAUCACCUGAAUGAAAGCUGUAGUCUUAUCAUUGCACACAGUGCCUACAUAUUAUAGAUGCCAUUGUGUUAAUCCCUCAUGUUAAUCUUUCAUAUUGUUAUGAAGUACUACAGGAAUUUAUAUAUAUAAAAUGUGUCUUUGUGUUAAAUGUCAGUCCUAUAAAACUGAAUUUUUUUGUUGUUGUUGUUGUUUUUUGUCUUUAAGAUUUCUGUGACUUCAUAAAGAUUGCAUAUGCAUUCAUAUUAUAGGAUCUUUGGUCAUAGGAAAAUAAAUGUAAAAUGAAAUAAUAAAAACACUUAUUUGUUAUAUGACUAUUUAGCGACUACAUUGCACAGAGAUGAUAUGUACUUUGAACAAGAUGAUUCAAAUGUUUUCUGCAGUACCUCUGGCCCGAUUGUGACUGUGUGGCCCUGGUUGUGCAACAAUACUUACCUCUUCUGUCUGUACAGAGUGCAUGUUUAUCAGUGCUGUAUAAGGUUAAAGGUCUGCCGGAUAACUCCAUUUAACGGAUUGGCGGGGGGGUGUAUAAAAGAGUCCGGUACCAGGUGCGGCCGGAGCUGCGAAGCCAAAAGUGCAAUGCCGCCAUCUGCUGGCAAAAAUGUGUAGAGACGAGAAAAAAACGUAAAUGUGUGUAAAAGGGCACAAUCGAGUUUUGGUUUCCGCCUUAACAGCUAAACUCAGUGACAGCGUAUUGUAUUUAUUUACUGAGAUGGACACAAAGACAGUCAAUUAUCCCUGCAUGUUAUCCUAAAACUUCCAGCUGUUCUUUUUAUAAGAAUA